CCAACACAACACAAACCAGCUCCCAGCAAGCAAGCAAGCUCGUGUGCGUGCGUGUGUGCGCGGGUAACUGAGCUCGCUCGCUCAAGGAAGCUCCGGCACACAAGCUCGCUCUCCGACGAUGCCGAUGAUCAUCCCCGCCGAGGUCCGCGCCAAGGCGGAGAUCUACACGGGCGACGCGGCGGGGCAGGAGAAGACGCGGCUGAUGCUGGCGGAGACGGAGCUGCCCAGCGGCCUCCUCCCUCUCAAGGACAUCAUCGAGUGCGGGUACGUGGAGGAGACGGGGUUCGUGUGGCUGAAGCAGAAGAAGAAGGUGGACCACUACUUCGCCAAGGCCGGGCGCUACGUCUCGUACGGCGCCGAGGUGUCGGCCAUCGCCGAGAAGGGCCGGCUGAAGAAGAUCACCGGGGUCAAGGCCAAGGAGAUGCUCAUCUGGAUCACUCUCAACGAGAUCUGCGUCGACGACCCGCCCACCGGGAAGCUCCACUGCAAGGCCAUCGGCGGCCUCUCCCGCAGCUUCCCCGUCGAGGCCUUCGAGGCCGACGUCGCCCUCCCCGUGCCCGUCACCGGCCGCCUCAAGAAGAAGACGGAGGCGGAGAGCAAGGACGGCAAGAAAGAGGAGGAGGACGCGGCGACGGAGGAGGCGCCGGAGGAGGAGAAGAAGAAGACGAAGGAUGCUGCCGUGGCCCCUGCUGUCGUCGAGGAGAUCGACCUGAAGAUGAAGGAGAUGAACAAGGAAGCGCCGGUGCAGGCGGAGGCGGUUGCGGCCAAGAACUAGUCGGCGACGGCGACGCUACUGCAGGCGCGCGGUUAACGAUUGCAUGAAGAAACUAAAAAUCUGUUUCGGAAUAACGCAUUGCAUUCGCAUGUGUCCACCAUCCGUCCGCAUAUGUAUCACACCUGAUGGAUCGAUCCAUCAGAGCUCUGGUCAGUUCAACCACGAUGUAAUCUUUAUCUUCUUUUUAUCUUGUUUAUUACAUAUCCAAUUAAGGAGAUGAAAUUUAAUGAUGCCACUAGAGUUGCUGCUGCCC